AUGGCAAGCCGGGAGUACGCCUGGUGUCUGCCCCUGUACAAAGCCAUUGUCAGAGGUGACUGGAGCAGUGCCAAAGUUUUCCUUGACAACCAUGAAGGUGCAGUGAGUGCCAAAAUCACUGUGGCAGGGGACACUCUUCUUCACAUUGCAGCUCAAACAGGUCAAGUUCAAGUAGUAAAAGAGCUAGUGAAGUUGAUGCCGACAGAAGCUCUAGCAGAGAAGAACAAUCUUGGCGUUCCAGUCCUCUCCGUUGUUGCUGUAGGUGGGAUGGUUGAGAUGGCAGAGAUCAUGGUGAGAAAGAACAAAGAUUUGGUGGGAAUAAGAAAUCAUUACCAACUAACACCAGUUGUGAUGGCUGCUUUUCAUGGCAACAAGGAAAUGGUGCAUUAUCUUUACCCACUGACGAGAGAUGAGGAUCUAUGUCCAGAAAUAAGUAACAAUGGAGCAACACUUCUCACUGCUCUAGUCUUCUUUGAUUUCUAUGAUGUAGCUUUGGAUCUAGUCCGGCGCUACCCAAAGUUAGCCAUCACCACAGAUAUCUAUGGAGAGAGACCCCUGAAUGCACUAGCUGGAAGGCCUUCUGCAUUUGAAAGUGGAAUUCAAUUUGGAACUUUAUCAAGAUGCAUCUACCCUUAUAUCCGUUUGGAACCAAGUAGUGGAGCUUGUUUCAUCAAAGUUGACAUUGAAAAUCUUUCCAUGGCAUAUAGAGUGCUUGGAAAAUCUCCUGGACUGAUUGGAAAUGCGUUCAAGAGAUUAGUCCCAUUCAUGAGGCAUUUAUACGAUGGAAAAUUGAUCCAUCUCCAAGCAGUUGAACUGCUGAAACACUUCUGUGAUCAAGUCUCCACGCUUGACUACCCACCAAUUGUAGAGAAUGGGGUGAUGGCUGCAAUAUUCCGAGCCACCCAAUUCGGAAUUGUUGAAUUUAUUAUAGAGAUUAUUAGUAUAUGCCCUCAUCUAAUCUGGAGCACUGAUGAACAUGAUCGAAACAUAUUUGAAGUAGCAAUACUAUACCGCCAAGAAAAGAUUUUCAACCUCAUCUAUGAGCUAGGAGGACAGAGGAAUGAGCUAGCAAGUUAUGUGGAUGAAGAAGGAAACAGCUUGCUGCAUGUAGCUGGAUUGUUGGCACCUCCUCAUCGACUCAAUGAAGUUUCUGGUCCAGCUCUACAAAUGCAACGUGAACUACAGUGGUUCAAGGAAGUUGAAGCAAUUGUACAGCCACGAUGUACAGAGCUCAAGAACUUCCAAGGUAAAACACCCCGCGUAUUAUUCAGCGAGCAGCACAAGGAGCUGGUUAAAGAAGGGGAGAAAUGGAUGAAAGACACUGCAACAUCAUGUAUGGUUGUGGCGACACUCAUAGCCACUGUUAUGUUUGCAGCAGCCUUCACUGUCCCAGGGGGAAAUAACAGUAACACAGGGAUUCCCAUCUUCCUAGAAACCAAUUCCUUCAUGGUUUUCUCCAUAUCAGAUGCAUUAGCACUUUUCUCUUCCUCCACUUCAGUCCUCAUGUUCUUAGCCAUCUUAACUUCACGCUAUGCAGAAGAUGAUUUUCUCAAGUUCUUGCCACAAAAGUUAAUCAUUGGACUAUUCUUCCUCUUUGUCUCCAUAGUGGCCAUGAUGGUAGCCUUUGGAGCAACCAUCUUUAUUAUACUUUGCCACAGAAUUGUAUGGCUCACUAUUCCCAUUACUCUUUUGGCUAGUGUCCCUGUCACCUUGUUUGCCUUACUGCAGUUUCCACUGUUUAUUGACAUGAUUGUUUCUACAUAUGGGUCAGGGAUCUUCAACAAGCAAACCAGAAAUCUAUAUAGGUGCAUCACAUAA